AUGUUCAAGCUCACCCUUUGCUUCGCCCUCUUCGUGGCCUGCGCCCUCAGCGCCGAAAUCGGUCUCGCCAACCAGACCCCUGCCGAGCUCAACGCUGCCGACCGUCUCAAGCGUGACUGCUCCUGCUCCCGCUCUGACUCUUCAUCAUCCUCUUCCUCCUCUUCCGACUCCAGCAGCUCGUCCGACUCCAACGACGGUGAACACAACGCCAAGGGCUGGCACCACGUCCAGUGCAGGCACAGAUGGGGAGAGAAGGCUUCCUGGGAGUCCAACAGCGAUAGCUCCAGCUCCAGCUCCAACAACCGCAUCAGGUGCAACUGCUGGGACUCUAGCAGCUCCUCUUCCAGCUCCUCUUCUUCCUCUAGCUCGUCCUCCUCCUCCAGCUCCUCUGACUCUUCCGACUCGUCCUGCAGCUGGAGCGACCGCCACCACCGUCACCACGACUGGUCCUCUGACUCCUCUGACUCUUCUGACUGCAGCAGCUCUUCUGACUCCAGUGAUUCUUACUCACGCUCAUGCUCUAACAACUGGAUCCACUAA